AUGAAAUCGGGCAACUCGGAUAUCAAAAAACAGGCAUCAAAUUUCUUAGUGAAUGGUAUUCCUGGCAAUCUCGAUUCCCAAAUAUUUGCAGCAGGUCAAGCAUAUGUAUCUCUAAGUCGUUGCACUGAUUGGGAGAAGGUUAAAAUUAAUGCACUUGCAAGGGAAGCAUUUAUUACUGAUCAAUCAAUGGUAGCAGAAUACGAACGUUUAGGAAAAAUUUCUGCCAACUCGCUUCCAUUUUUUGUACCUCGACAUGGAGUUGUAUCUGAUGUAGAAGUUCAAGAAAUACCAGAUAAAGGCUUAGGUUUUGUCACUAAACAAGCUACAUUAUGUGACAAUAAAGUGGUGGCAUUUAUUCCUUUCUCACUCACAAUCAGCAAAACAAAAAUAAACAGAUUUGCAAAAGAAAAGGCCCCAAAACUAGAUGAAACUAUUCAAUUGUUGAAAAAUAGUGGCCAAACAUUAACAGAACGAUUGGCAAUAAUAUUUUAUCUCCUGUAUGAACGAGUUGGACGUGCUGCUUCUGGUGACCCACCAUCUAUAUGGAAAGAAUAUGUGGACAUAUUACCACGUACAUUACACACUCCAUUAUUUUAUAAUGAGUCAUUGAAAACAUGUCUUAAUGGAACAAGUUUAAAAGCAGCAGUAGAGGCAAAACAUAAAAAGCUUGAACGAGAGUAUGCUUUGUUUCGUCCUUAUUUUAAUAAUUGGACAUUGUCAUUACAAAACAACAAUAACAAUAAUGUGGUAGUGGUGGAUUCAGCAGUGACAUUUGAGCAUUAUAAAUGGGCCGAUGGAAUUUUUUGGUCAAGGAUAUUAUCAUUUGGCAGUCGUUUUGAAUUUGCGCCAUUGGAUCAAACCCCUUAUAGAACAGAAUUGAUGGAUGAUUAUCAUCUAGUGCCAUAUCUUGAUUUUGCUAAUCACUCAUUAACACCAUGUGCUCGGUGGGAACUUACAACCGAAGGUGUGGAAUUGGUCUUAACAAAAUUAGAUUCAGAUGAGCAACUUUUGCCAGAAACAGAAAUUUGUAUUUCAUAUGGUGAUAAACCAAAUUCUGAAUUAUUAUUUAUUCAUGGUUUUACAUUAAGUGAUAAUCCAUGUUCUACUAUAUCUUUUAAUUUACCAUUUUAUGAAACGGAUGAAUUAAUACAAGCAAAACUGUUGUUCUUACAAGAUCAUGGUAUCAAACCUUUAGUAACUUUAAAACGAAAAAAAGGAGGAACAGAGUUAUCAGAAUAUUCCACGAAAGCUAUGUGGUUAUGUGUUUUGACUGAAGAUUAUGGUCUCAAAGUGUCAGAGCCUUCAAUUGAUUCACCAACAAUUGAGCUAAUCAUAAAUGACAAAGUUAUUGAGAAUGCAGAGAUGCUUGAAAGCGUUAUUAAUGGGAUGGAUUUGUUACCAGUGAUUCAAUUCCGAGUAGCAGAUUUAAUUUUAGAUAAUGUGAUGAAUCUUUUAUCAAAUUUUAAACAGACAAAUGAAUUGGUUUUAAAGUCAAUGGAAAGUGGAAAAAAUAGUAGAGAACUUGCGUACAUUAAAAUUUAUAGAGAAGAUGAAUACAAGUUCUUGGAGUAUGCUGUUGAAGAUUUCACUAGCAAACGUGAAUCUUUAAUGAAUGAUGAAACAGUCCAACCGGAUCUGAAUAAAUGGAUAUUAAAACGUUUAUUUCAACCAAUAAGCCUUGAAAAUGACAAGAAUAUUCAAGUUUUACAUGUUUCAAAUUUACGUCUUGCUUCUUUGAUGCAAUCUCAAAAUGAAAGAAAAGUUAAAGAUAUUUAUACAUUAGACAAUUUACCUGAUCUUAAAGAAUCAGAUGAUAAAUGUUAUAGGUUGAUGCCACAUUCAUGUAUUGUCACUCUCGCGACAAAGUAUCGAAUGGUUUUUCUCUUGGAUGUAACAACAUCUUUAGCAACUAUAGAUUGUAAUAAUACUCGAGAAAUAAUAAUAUCUGAAGUUAUGAAAACUGUACGACGAUGUCUUGAAGGAAUUGUUCAGCCUUUUAUGAUCCAAGAUAUAAAUAUAGAUAAAGCAUUGCAGUUUCAGCCAGAAAUAUCAAUAACAGUUAUUGCAGAAUGCUCUCAUUUCGCUUCAAAUGCAAAUUUAAUACCUUUAUUGGCAGGAUUUCCAACAAUGUCAGUUUUAAUGCAAGGAAUUAUAGUCACCAAAAAUAAUGUUUUAGAAGUAAUUGAAAAAUUAAGAAAUGAACUUUCAAUUUUUCAAGAUGCCGUUGCCACUUUCCGUCAAGGUCUUCUUCAGAAAAAAUUUCCAGUAGCUUAUGUCAUGGAUGUAACAGGAUCAAGUGGAGCCAAUUUAUCAUAUAGUCUGAAUGCUGGUUUAUUUGCACUCAAAUUACUUCAAAAUGAAGGCAUGCCUUCUUUAUUAGUUAUCACUGAUGGGGUAGUCAAAUCUAAUUUGGCACAUAUGUCAGUUGGUGAUGAUGUUAUUCAACAACUCUGUAAAGAAGGUGUAAGAUGUAAUAUUAUUCAAGUUGGUUCAAAUCAAAAUUUUAAUCCUGGAUGUAAUUUUGGAUUAAUUCCUGAUAAUGAAGUUUUAAAAUUUGUUUCAACUGCAACCUCGGGUGUUUUUUUUUAUUCUUGCGAAUGUCCAAAUAUUUCUUCGGGCGUUAGGUCGUUAAAUGAUAAUGAUGUUGAAUGGCAUUCACUCAAUUUCUAUCAUAGGCAUUUGCUCAUGAAGGAAACACGUUACAUGAGAAGAAAAAAUCACCAUCAAAGAUACCCAAAUAAUUCUGUCAGUUCAAUCGAUAGCCCAAUUAUUGAUGUUACACGCCAACAUUACGGCGAUAGUAUUAGAGGUUUUAAUUUUAAUUUUCCUUGGGAUCCUAAAAGUCUUCCGCCAACAGCUGAUACAAUGUCAACACGUUAUCGAGAAUAUUCUUUGUUGGUAGAUGUCCAACAAUUGAUAUUUGCAAGAAUACGUCAAGGAUUUAGUAUUGAUGAUGUGUUUCUAUUUACCAGUAAAAAUUAUAAUAAAGCUGAAAGAAUACAUAUUUCGAUGUCAAGACUAUGGUUGCCAAAUGUUACAGUUCAGUAUAAAAUCAGAGCAUUAUGGAUUAGUGAAACAAAAGGAUUAUUGCGUCUUAAGUCACCAAGAAUUGAAAUAAAUGUAAUUUCAGACACUUUAUUAGCAAUUUAUCUUCUUAAUUUUCAAACAGCUCAACAAAAUAAUGAUCCAAGUCAUCCAUUGUUUACAAAAUUUAUGAAAUUACUCAAAUUUUUAACAACAAUUUACGAAACUGACGAACUUUUAAAGAAAUAUUUUUAUCAUAAACUACCAAAAGAAACCAGUAAAUUUCAAUAUCAACAUCCCAGUUUAAUUAAUGGAAAUUUCAACAGUAAUAGCAGUAAUAAUAGUAUUGAUAUUAAUAUUAAUAAUGGUAUUAAUGGAACUGGAGGUAUUUUAACCACAUCGCAUCUAUCACAUGUUAAUAAUAGAUUAGAAAUUUUAAAACAGUUGUGGGAUUUUUUGGAACAGAGUCCACAGAGGUUAAACACUAAUUUUUGGUACGAGGACACUAAAUUUGAUUUUCUUAUAUCUUUAAAUUUAUCAUUUUCUUCCUCACCAAUAGCUACAACUAUCAGAAAGAUAAGCAAAUUAAAUAAAUCAUCUUCGAUAGAUCAAAGGAAUAAGGAUUCUUUAACUGCUAAUAUUAAAAAACAUUUAACAGAUUCUUGGGCAACCUUUACGUUUUCUGAUAAUAUUUUUGUAAAAGUAUUAAAUGCUAUGGAAGAUAGCAAUAAAUUAUCGCCAUUAAGUUUUUGUGAGUUGAGAAUCAAUAAUGAAGCAGGAAAUCUUUAUUCUGGAAAUCUUUCAUUUUUUAAUGUUGAUUUCAUCAAUCGUCAACAAAUUUCGAAUAUGUCAACAAAUGCUCGUCAAUUAACUGGAAAAAAUAAUAUUUUGAGAUCAUAUUUAAAUCAUUGGAAAGGUAUUUGGUUGUCAGAUAUUGAACGUGAGGUUUUCUUGGUCGAAUAUAGAAACAUUCCAAUUCAGGAUUUAGCAUAUCAACAUUUGUGUCAAGCACGUCUCGAUGAAGGCUAUUUGAUGGUUUUCCAACGCAAGAACCUUAGUCUAUUUUAUCGAGAAAUAAAUUUUCAUAAUAAAGAAAAUUCAAAUAAUCAAAAUAAUUUAUGUGGCGUACAGUAUCUUAUUUUUAAAGAUUCUUGUAAUGGUGAAAUUAUUACUGAAAUAUGGAUGGAACAACCAACUUCACACAAUAUUUAUGAAUCUUUUAUUAAUUGUCUUUCUGGCUCAGAUCGUCAAAUAUUAUCACACAUAGUCACCUUUGAUCAAAUAAAUUACAUAGCAAGGAGUUGUACACAGCAAAGAGCAAAUUCUGGUGAUCUAUCACCACCCAAACCACUAAGACUUCCUGAUUUAUUCAAUCUUUCUGCUCUACUUCGAUCAAGUGGAAUGCUAAUUUCCAAUUAUACUAUUCCUUCGUUCAAAUCACCUCAUAGCAACAUCAUCAUGAAUCAAUUGCCUCAGAUAACUCGAGUUCAAUCAGAUCGACCAUCUUCAAUAAGUAGUGAUGACAGCACAUCAAGAUCAUCUUUUACCGAAUCAAAAUCUUCGAUUGUUUCUGAAUCUAGUAAUAAUAAUUUAUUAAGAAGAUCUAGUACAGCCGCUAAUACAAUUAAUUAUGGAAUUAGUAAUAGACAUUUACCUUUAGAAUUUGUUUCUUCUUCUCAACGGAAACUUUCUUUAUCUUUGUCAAAUGAUAUCACAUAUUUUAUCGAUCGAGAUUCAAUCACAAAUCUAAACCCUUUUGAUAGAGAUUUAGCUUUGUUACAUUUGUUUGUUGAAAAGACGUUGAGUAAACAUAUAGAUGGUGAAAUUGAGACUAAUUAUUGUGGCACUAAAGAUUCUAUUAUCAAAGAAAUUAACAAUGGAUUAUUGAGAUCCGAUAGUAUGAAGGAUUCUUUAGCAACAUUGUCAUUUAUUAGAAAUUUAAGAGAGACAAGAUGUUUUAUAAAAAUUGUUGACCCAAGUUCUUUCCUACUUUUGCUGAUUCCUUCUUUCAAAUUUUUUAUAGAUGAUUUGGUACGAAGUCGUGGAUUUUACAAUGAAGAUCAAACUUGUUAUUUAGGUUUGAUCAUUUUCUUGUGUAAAAGACCAAAACCACUUGAUGGAAUUAACUCAUUAAAUAAAGAUCUCGAUCUCUUAAAAGAAUCACCAACAUCUUGUACUUCACCAGCUUUUAAAAUUGUUAAUCUGUCUAAUUCAACAACAGCAUCUAAUUCAAUGAAAAAUUUAUUAGAACCAAAAUUUCUAAGUUGUGAUUUCCCUAAAGGACCUAAAAAUUUAUCUGAUGAUAUUCCCGACCAGACAGCUCGUUUAAUAUCGAAUAUUAAUCAACUUUAUUCUCAUGGAUUUGUGAAAUCAAUAUAUGCCAGUGUUCUACAAAAGCAUUGUAUUACUGAGUUUGAUUUUAGAAAAGUAAUGGAUGUAUGUUUGGAGAAACCGUUUGAUAUUGAUAUCACUGGAUAUGUGAAUGUUCAUAAAUUUGUUGCAGUGCUAGGCCAUUAUUUCGAGCCAGUUUCUUUUGAUGGAGAUGGAUUGUUUAAUGUUUAUUAUUAUCGACCACUUUUCAAAAAAUCAAAUAAUUCAACUAGCAUUGAGACAACAAAUAAUAAUAGUAGUAUCAUUGGAGAUAUUGCAGAAAACUUUCUGGAAAUUUUUAAUUUUGCUGAAAAUCCUUUUUUUUUACGAUUGGAAUGCACUUUCAAAAAACAAAGUCCAGUAUUCGACGCUUUAGUUCCAUCAACCCAGAAUAACUUCGAAUUAAAAGAAACAAAUCAUAUUAAAUUUCCAGUUCGUAGUUUACCAACAACAUAUUCUUGCACGAUCAAUGAUAAAUAUUAUGAUUUUUCACCUGAAUCAAUCGGUACACAAUCAUCUCCAGUUGAAUCAUCUGAUGGUACCACUGCUACAUUACAUCUUAUUUGCAUGACUUUACCAACUGUUGAAGAUGAUAUGAUUGACAUUUCACCGGGUUUUGUUGACAUCAAAUAUGAUGAUUGUGAAGAAGAGAACCGGAAAUCAGAAACGGAUUAUUUAACCGGUAAAAAACUGGAAGCAUUACAUAAAACUAGAGAUCGUAUUGAUUGGUUAUUGAAAGAAGAAAUAAUGCAUGGUCUAUUGAAUUCUCAACCGGUUGAUAGGCCUGUUCUUAGAUUUAUUCAAGAUCAAUUGAAAGCAAAAAAUCCAUUUGUUGAUUUUCCUACUAGUUUCACUGUUCCUUUAUCAUUCGUUAAAAGAAAACAAGGCCAAGAACAUUUUCUAAAAGAGUUCAGUAAAGCAGAAAUGUCACCUUUCUCGCUUAAUCAAGUUGAAGAUUGUAUUAGUCUUGAUAACCCUAUUGUUCCAGAUGACUCAAAAAAUUUCCGCAAACAAUUAUUUUGGCUUUUACUUGACACUCAAGAAACAAGUAUACAGAUGUAUUUCUAUUCCAAAGCAGUUUCGGCAAUUGAACGCUCAAACAUCAUCAAACAUGUUCGUAACUGUAUAAUUCAGGCAUCUGAACGUGUAAACAGGUUAGUUUUAUUAAAUGAUUUGAAUGAAACGCGUCAUUGCAGCAAAUAUUUAGUGCCUCCAGAUGGAUCAUCUGACUCGGAGUCUUCUUCAGAAGACGGUGAUUUGUCAACAACAGGGGAUUUGGUAGAUGCAUUAUCUAUGACACCUAAUGAUGGAAAUUUGAAUGUUUCAAUGAAAUUUAAGCCUGGACAAUUCGAGUGCCCGUUGGUUUACGAGCAAAAAUUCCCAUUACACUGGAGAUUGAGACCACACCAAGCAUUGAACAGUGUCACAUCAUUAAUCCUUCAUCAAUUGGUUGUUAAUAAUCGUAAACAUAUGUUUGUGAUACCAAAAGAAAAGAACAUAUUUUAUAUCAAAGUGUCUGAAGUUGAUGGACAUCCUAUAUAUGAAAAUGAUGAUGACGUUAUAUCCAAAAACCAUGUUGCUCCUUCACCUUUGAUACAAACUGCUACUUCACAAUCUCAGCAACAGCCACCUACUGCAGAUUUACAAUCUACAAUUUCUAACGAAGAAAUUAAAAGUCCUCCUUCAAGUAGGAGCGAUAGUCCAAAAAUCACUUCUUCACCAAAUUCUCGCAAAAGUGCAAACAUCUCCACUGCUACCAAUGUUGCUGCUACACCACAAUCAAAACUCACAGAAUCUCGUGAAUUAGUUGUUAAAGUUUUUGGGCUUGAACCUCCAGGCAAAGAAACCAUAGAUGAACUUAUGUUACUAUUAGAAAAUAAAUUGACCACCAAUAUCACACUUAAUGUAAUGUCAACUCACUUGGCUCGUAAUCCAUACAAGAUUAAUCUAACUCGCGCGGAUGUUGAUUUUAUUUUACCGUUAUUAAAAAGUCCAAAACGUUUGACUUUAAGAAUUCCAUCAUCUAUUAAAAAUCCUUAUGCAUUUUUAGUGUUUUACAAACAAAACAUUCAAACCUAUCUCAACGUUUUGAAUGGGCAAGAGGUGAUUAAUGCAGUUAGAAGAUAUCAUCAAUCUAGAUAUGGUAUAGCAAGCUCACACGAUUCAUAUGUUGAUAAUGGAAAAAAAUAUCCACUUUGUGACAUUCAACUUCAGGAAUUCACUUUUUUCUACAAUUAUAACAGUCAAUCAAGAUCACCUUCAAUUUUUGAAGCGUCUGUUGGUCAAGGAAUUGCUGGUAUUUGUCUUACCUUAUUAGAUAAAAAUAGCCGGCCGGUUUUUGAAUUACCGUUACCUAGUCGAAACGAUCUUGAUGAUGUAAACAUUAAUGAAAUGUAUGAAUAUUAUGAAAAUGAAGAUAACUUUGUAAUUUCAGAAUCUGACGAAUUUUAUGACGAUAAUAAAAGAAUUAGAAAGGGCUAUGAAUUGUCAGUUGAUAUGUGGGCACAAGGUCCAAUGAAUUCAGAUAUUUUAUUGGACAGAAUGAUUAAAAGUUUUCAACAAUGUAUAUGUGACUUUUUCAUCGAAGUAUCAAUAACAAAAGGCUUAGGUCGCGUCCAUUACAGCAACGAAACCAUUCAACAACAACAAAAGGAAGCUGAAAGUGUUGAAAAUAUUCCAAAAAAACCUCCAAAAUUUGUUGAUUCACAUGUUCAACGUGUUUUUAUUGAUCCAACAAUGGAACUAUUGUCAAAAGCAGCAAAUCUAUCAAAUCCAGCAUUACACUCAUUAAAUUUAAAGUUAGAAAUGCCUGCAUGGAUGAUUGAUGAUUUUAUGAAAGAAGUCCAUGAACUUUUAUCGGAAGUGAACCCCGUAUUUAUUCCAAUAAUUUUGCGAAUUUUUCCAAAACUAUCAGUAAGAGCUGAAAACUUUAAUGUAGCCUAUGAGAUUUAUCGACCUUACUCAUCAACUCCUGACGCAGAAAUGACAUCUUCAACUAAAUGUAAAUAUUUAAUAAUCGCUGGGCUGAAAGAGAUGAAUGUAAAGUAUGGAAUGGCAGUUGAAGAUCGAAGAAAUGAUAGUAGUAAAGGUCUGUUACAUUCUCGUGAAAAUUCAGUAGAAGACUUCUCAUCAAAUGAAAAAGGUGGUGGUGGAGUUAAUGGUAGUCACAUUCACUCUCGUAAAAAUUCAUUCAUUAAUCCUCCGAUUCAUCAACGAAGUUUAUUAGAAGAUAUUAUGAUGUAUAAGAUCCCACCAUCUUCACUGCCUGGAGAACCUAAUAACCGACAAAAGGUUGAUUUGUUUCGAUCUUGUUUUUUAGUAAUGUCAUUUGAUGGAUUUGAAAUGACUAUUUAUAUUUACAAUUGGGAGAAACAAUAUGCUGAACAAAUCUUUGGAGCUAUGAAAAGCAUUUCUGACUGGCAUAAUAAACGAAUUGGAUUGCUAAAUAAUAUCCUACAUCAAAAAAUGGGGUUAUUUUAUCAUGUUGAUAGUCCUCAACCAAAACCAACUCCUCAAACUUCCACAUUGGUACAUAAUCCAAUCAAUACACCUAGAGCUAUGCAACCUCCAAUACCUGGGCCCCAAAGAGUGUCAUCUCAAGUUGAAAGCACAUUGAAUAAUCAAAAAUCCGGAUAUCAGGAUUUGUUGCAUAUCGAUUCAAUGGUAUAUCAACGUUUCCCACAAAGACAUCAUAACAAUGAAGAAAACAAAAGAGUUGGUGAUACAAAGAAUGAAGAAUCAAAAAAAAAGGAGAUCGAGGCUAACCAAUCCGCUUUAACUAACUUCAAUGUAAAAAAAGUUCUUAAGGAUUCGUUUAUCGAACCAAUAGAAGAAUUUAAUUCCAUUUUUAAAAGCCAAGAUGCGCUGAAGAGACAUGGUCCCUCGUUUAUAGACACUUGUAUUCGACAAGCCAAAAUAUUACAAGAUCACGAAAAUGCUCUUAAAGUGUAUAAUAAAUGGGCAAAGAGAUAUCAAGAAAAUAAUAAUGAUAAAAGAAUAGAUGUAAGAGAGGCAAUUGCCAAAUCUGAUUUAUCUAUCGUAUUUCGUACUUCCAGGCUGUUACAUUUUUGUAGAACACCACUUUUAUUUAAUGCCAAAAGUGAUGAUCAACAACCAUCUUCAACUACUACUAUUGCUACUAAUAAUAACACGAUUCAAUGGUAUAAAGAGAUAGUUAAUAAGUUUUUAGAAGAGUACUCUUCAUAUCUUGAGACUAUUGGAAUGCAUGUAGUUAUUGAUGGUAAACCAGGGUUGAAUAUAAUUGACGAUGGUAGCAGCAGUAAUAAUAAUAACGAAAAUCCAACAGGAACAGCUACAACAGCAACGCUUGAUCAUAACAAAGAAUUUUAUGAAGGUUCUCCUGUAUUUUUACUUAAAGCACUUCAAGGUGGUUCUAUUAUGUGUGAAGUGGGGAUACAAAAUGAAUUUGUCUGUGUCACAUUGUAUACAAUGAAUCGGCGAUAUGGAAAACUUCGAAUGGCAGCACCAGGAUUUAUUGCUGCUAAUAGUGAUAGACAUAGUUUGAAAGUGUUUACUGAGGAGUGUGGUAGAUUCAAAAAGAUGAUUCAUGUCAACUCAUUUGUAUAUGAUUUUCAUUUACGUUAUAUCAAGCAUAUUUUAGAGGAACAAAUGGACAUUUCACCACCUUUUAAUGUUUUGGAAAUUAUUAAACAGUUUAUUAACCGGCAUAGUUGUCCAGCAUAUUGCGCACGUAAUCGGAUUUAUUAUGGCAUUUUUGAGAAAGAAACCGAAUCAAUUCCUGAUGACUUAUUUACUUAUAUAAUUAAGACUCCUCAACGAUACAAUUUUCGAUCAACCUGCUUCAAAGGAGAACCAAUUGCAUGCUUCGCUACAUUUAGCAAUUAUAACUUUACUGCGGAUAACUCGGAAUCUGUUUGUCAUUUAAUGAAUGAAAAUGCAAAAACAUCAACAGACCCGUCUUUUUUUGAUCAUGAUGCAAAAAUUCAAUAUACAUUAAUUUUUAGUUCUACAAAUAAAAAUAAUCCGGGUAAAAUAAGUAUAGAGUAUUAUGUUAUUUUUCUCGAUGAUUCUGACGAGACAAUAGAGGCUUUUACUCUUAGCAGCAGUACCAAUACUACUAUUAAUUUCUCUUCAAUUGCAAUGACAACUGUUAAUAGCACUUCUUCAAUUGGAACAACAACACCACCAGCUAGUGAUUUCAAGAUUCAUCAACAUAAUCGUCAAUCAUCUUAUCAUGAAAUUCCAUAUAAACAAACAGAAGUCAAUUCACAAACUAACGUAAAGCUUGAUAACAUAAUUAAUCAGGCCAUUAAGUUUUAUCACCGUGAUUCAUUGUGGAAUCAAUUAUGGAAUUGUGGUGGAAGUAUUAAUACUGGCGGGGGUAACAUAAGUGGUAAUAAUGGCGUUAAACCUAUUAGUACCUCGGAAUUCUUAAUUCUAACAAAACAAUGUAUUAGCCGUGAACUUAUCGCCAUUAAUCCCGAUUUUAAAGAUUUUCUUGAUCUAGAGCUUGAUUGGAACGAAGUACUUGAUUUUCUUUUAUCACAUUAUUCUGGCCUUUCACGAGAAUUAUAUGAUAAUGAAGGUGUUAGACAUUUAGUUAUUUUUAAUCCACAUACUCAAAGCAAUGACAAUAGAACAUUUAUAAUUAAUGCAGUAUGUCGUGAUGCUAAAAUAAAUCUUAAAGAUUUUGAAUUAGAAUUUGCAGCAGAUAUUUCUAGAACAAUAGGUUAUUUAUUAUGGCAAAAAUUGUCCUAA